ACGUCAUCUCUGCCAGCAGUCAUCGUCUAUAAUAAACGUCAAAGUCAUGUUUUGAUAUUUAUAGCAGAAAAAUAACAAUGAUGUGGCCAAGAAAAUGAAGAUUUGCAUAUAUUUCUGUUUAUUAUAAUGUCCUGAAGAACAAUUGUUAUGAAAAAUGGCAUAUCAAACUUUAAGGAACGAGUACUUGCAGAUGCCCCCUGUAACAAGGGCAUACACAACUGCAUGUGUACUAACUACGUUAGCAGUACAACUAGAAUUAGUAUCCAUUUUUCAACUAUACUUUAACCCAAUCCUAAUCCUGAAACAAUGCCAAAUAUGGAGAUUAGUAACAACAUUUCUCUACUUUGGCACAUUUGGGUUCAAUUUCUUUUUUAAUAUGAUAUUCACCUAUCGGUACUGUAGGAUGUUAGAAGAAGGUUCAUUCAGGAACAGAACUGCAGACUUUGUGCUUAUGUUUGUUUUUGGAGCAGUGCUGAUGAUUGGGUUUGCAUUUUUUGUCAACCUACUUUUCUUAGGGCAAGCGUUCACAAUAAUGUUAGUUUAUGUAUGGUCUAGAAGGAAUCCUUAUGUCAGAAUGAACUUUUUUGGACUUCUAAAUUUUCAGGCUCCUUAUUUGCCCUGGAUCUUGCUAGCUUUCUCAGUGCUUCUGGGUAAUGCAGUUUAUGUUGAUUUAGUUGGGAUGGCGGUAGGACAUAUUUAUUAUUUUUUGGAAGAUGUGUUUCCAAAUCAAAGGGGAGGGUUCACAAUUUUGAAAACACCUUCAUUGUUGUAAGUAUCUCCUUAUAUGCAAAAAAUAAACCAAAGGUGACACACCACCUAUUGUUAGUACUCGUACUGUCAACCUUUAUGUUGCUCAUGUGGGUACUACAAGCUCACUGUGCUACCACUAAACAUUGCAAAAAUUAACCACAGGCCAUGUUAAUUAGGUGGCUUGUUAGCAUUGGAUUAUUUUAUGCACAUCAAAAUAUUGAGUAGACCCGUGUCUUUUUUGUUUUCCACCAUGUCCCAUGUCUCCUCUACUAUACUCAUGAUUGCUAAAAAGCAUGAAACAAUGUUGAAUAUGGUUGCUUUUAGUUGCAGAGACAAAAAUCAAACAUAUCCUACUCUAUAUACUAGCUCUAUAUACCCAAACUGAAGUCAAAAUUGAGUUGCUGUCAAGAUGCCUUUAUCCUGUACAUGCAUGCGUUUUAUUUCAAUUCCAGAAGAACCCUUUUUGAUCCACCUCCUGAUAGUGCUGACUACCAAAGACUGCCAGAAGAACAACCAGGGGGUUUUCAAUGGGGGAAUCAAGACAACCAAGAAGAUAAUCAGGAAAAUUAAACUGAUUUACUGUUUUUGUAGUAAAAAUGUGAAGACAAAGGUGGUAACUAAAUUGAAUCAUGGUGUUUGAGUUAGUAAAACGUUUUGGGGUAUGCAAUGCUUUCUGAGGUGUUUAAUGAUAACCAGUAAUUAAUAGAUGAAUAGUUGAGUCAGUUUCCCAUUUUUCCUCUUGUAAUUGUAAACAUAGAUCCGCUUAUACGUGAAAUAUGGAAUAAAUAAGCUUGUAAUGAAAAAGACUGAUGAGUUUUUGCAUACAAUAAUAAUAGUGCAUACCUCCUGCAAAUUACAAAAUGAUUGAAUUUGUUGUAUUAUAAAAGUGCCAGAAAUCUGCAACAUGAACAAAGUAGUCAGUAGAUAAAUAGUUGAAUUUUUCCUUGAUAUUUCAAUAGAUACUUCUGUUCAAAACAACAGUUUAUUUACCCUCGCAUGGCUAACCUAUAUGAGCUGCUAUAAAAAUAAUGUUCAAAGUGUUUCAUUUAUUUUGUUUAUUAGAGAAAAAACAAAGAAAAAUGGAAGUUGUGCAAAAAUUGAAAUAUGCAACCUUUUCUCUACUGUUUUUCUGUUUGUACAGAUAUGGCACUAUAAUGUUAUUCAUAUGCAAUAAUUUGCAGCAAAACUUCUCUGGGAAGAUACUUUCUAAUUUUAUGAAUAAAUGUAACUGAACAGUUAGCAAACACUGUAAAAAGUCGUAUUUAUUGAAUUUUUAAAUAUUGUGUGUAUUUUCCUUAUUUUGUGAUAACUUAGGUAAAUGUAAGUGAUACUGUUUUUGAAACACUUGUUAACUCUACUUUUCCGGUAAAAUGGAAGUCCAUAUAUUUCAAAAUAAAUUUUUAUAGCUUACAACA